GAUGAGAUAAAAGAAGAUCCAAUAGGCGAAUUAGUAUACUUAAAGCUAAAAAUGUAUUCAGUUCUUCCAGUAGGUCAUGAUUUUAAAACUCCUGAAACGGAUACAGAUUUCGAAAAAGAGUUAGAAGAGAAAGAAUAUAGAAAGUCACAGGAUAAAAAGAAAUGGGAGAAAAAGCAUGGUAUCUAG